AUGGAGGUUAAUCGGCAGCAGGAUUUUAGCGAAAUAAUGAAAUAUAUCGAUAUAUUAUCUUCAUCGAGUGAAGAAGACGACGACGAGGAAUUUAUACAGCUCGCACUUUUCCUACAUGAGAGAAACAAAAUUCCGAAAUUAAAGAAUUUUAUUUCUGUUGUAAGAGAAUAUUCAGAUAAUGAGUUUAAAAAACACUUCCGAUUAAACAAAGAUACAGCUUAUAAACUUAUUGAACAAUAUGAACAAUCGUCUUACCCACCAUUAAAUAAUCAUGGAGGAAUUAAAAGAUGGUUGCCAGAAAAAGACAUGCUGGUAUUCUUGUGGUUUGUUGGUAAUAAGGAAUCAUUGCGAUGUGUUGCUACGCUUUUUGGAACCUGCCUCAGAACAGUUUUUCAUCAAUGUGAGAGAGUCAUGAAUUAUCUGAUUGAAAUUGCGGAACAAGUCAUUAAAUUUCCAGACGAUUUGGAGGAAGAAGCAAGAUCCUUUGAAGAGAUUGCGGGGUUUUCAGAUGUUAUAGGCUGUAUCGAUGGUUCAUAUAUAAAUAUAAGAACACCAGCUCACAAGAUUGCAUCAACUUAUGCCAAUCGACACGACAAAACAUCUAUAAUAUUGCAAGCAAUAUGUAAUUCAAAGAGAAAAUUCAUCGAUGUGUUCACUGGAGUUCCAGGAAAAGUUCACGAUGCAAGAGUAUUUAAAUUGAGCGAUAUCAAACAGAAGCUGCCGGAAAUAUGCGGGAAAAAAUAUCAUAUUUUAGGCGAUUCUGCUUAUUCGAUACGCGAAUGGUUACUUGUUCCAUUCAAAGGCUACGAAAAUUUAGGAGAAAUGGAAAAAAGAUACAAUAAAAAACAUUGUCAAACUCGCGUACGUAUUGAAAAUACCUUUGGUCUAUUAAAAGCACGGUUUCGACAGCUGUUAUUACAGAUUGAUAUGCAUACAGUCGAAAAAAUCACAAAAUUAAUCGUCUGUUAUUGCGUUUUGCACAAUCUGUGCAUAGACAACAAUGACAUAUGGGAUGAAGACAUUUCUGAUUAUGAAGAGGAGCAAUUUCUGAUUAUGAUGUUUCAGAAGACAUUCUGA